GUAAUUGCGCCUUGUAAAUUAUUAAACGUAAUUAUGUUAAAUUUUAUUAUUUGUACUUAUUCUUUCUACUGUAUCUUGUUGAAAAUGGUCCCAGUGUCGACUCUGAAAACCACAAGAUCGCUAUACGAUAUGGCCGAUGAUUAUGAGGAUGACAAAAAUUCUGCAAUCGCGAUCUCUGAGAAAGAUAAAGAUAAUUUCUACGAUGAUUUUUAUAUCGAAAAAGAUAUAGAAUAUAAACAUGAAUCAUCUAUGGAUAUUAUAUUCUACGGACCCCCUGAAUCAUUCAUGAGACUCGACGCCGAAACUAUACUUCAUAUUCUCUCUAACAUAAGACUGAAGCAUUUAAUUCCAGUUAAUAAAGUUCUCCAAGCUUGGGACAUUAUUACCGAUGGAAGGACGGCCGCCUAUUUACAUGGAAGGGAAUUCUUAGCUUUUGGGCCGUUAUUGAACUUUGUCCCGGAAGAAGAUUUAUACUAUGCCAAUAUGGGAGACCGGAACGUCCGUUCGUAUUUCGCUCGUUUCAGCCAAGAGUUACACUUUCGGAAGUUUGGUAUAUUAGUAGCAGCUUAUAGGCGUUAUUUCGGAAAUACCUGGUACUUGAAUGCAACCUCUGUAAACGAACUUGGCUACAUGAUAUGCGGGUUUCCACCAAAUGAGCUCAGAAAGAUUACUCCAGUAAUUAUGAAAGAUCUUCAAAGUUCCGUUCUAGGAAAAUUGAGGAAAUGUAAUGAUAAACAAGUUCAGACUCUAUAUGAAUUAGCCGUACAACCCGAAGUCUUUGGUGAGCCAUACAGAUGGACGUCACAUGAAGUAAGCCGAAUGGGAUCAUUACUUAAAUGUAUUCCAGCGGAUCAACUAAGCUCUAUACAGUUAGAAGCAAUGCCAGCAAUAACAGAUGAAGUUAUUAAGCAAUUUAGUCAGCAAAAAUUAACGCAAUUUACAAAACAGCAAAUAAUGAAAAUGCGACCAUUAACACGAAGAAUGUAUAUACUAAGAGUACAGUUAUUAUCUAGUUUUGAUGUUAACGAAUUAUCAAAACACGCUGCCGCUUAUAAUAAUGAAUCUUUUAUUUUAUUAAUUAUAUGCUUUCUCUACAGUACAUUAAUAAAAAUAUGUGUAUAUUAAA